AUGAGCGCAACACUGGCUGGACUGAAGUAUGAAAUAAGAGAUCUACAAAGAGAGAACGAAGUGAAGAAAGUGGCGUUUUCAGCCUCCCUGUUGGCUUCAGGUUCAGGACACACCGGACCAUUUGACACUCACACGACUCUGGUCUUCAAAUAUGUUCUUACAAAUAUUGGAAAUGCCUAUAACCCUGAUACAGGUUUUUUCAUAGCACCAGUCAGAGGAGUCUACCACUUUGAAAUAAAAAGUGGAGCAUAUGGACAUCCAUCACAUGGUUCAGCCACUGUAUUGGUGAAGAAUGAUCAGAAUGUUUUCGCUGCAUGGGAGCAUCAGACUUCUGGUACUAUGAGCUCUUCCAACGGCGUCAUAUUGUCAUUGGAGGUCGGAGACGUUGUGUUUGUGCGCCUUUGGCACCAUACCAGAGUUUAUGAUAAUGAACAUAACCACAGCACCUUCAGUGGUCAUCUGAUUUUCACCAUGUAA